AUGAGCGCCUUCUGCCUCGCACCCGUUGCUCGGCCGCGUGUCGCGCCCCCGCGCACGCGCGCCGCUCGUCUUAGGGUCCGCGCCGAACCCUCCGGCCCCUCCGGCCAGGGUUUCGACGAGGGCUACCUCAAGGGGAUGGGAGUCAUGUCAGCCGAGCAGAUCCUGGAGAUACCCAUAAAGCGGUUCAAGCCAACCAGCGAGGAGUGCCCGUUCUGCAGGGACGCCAAGGUCAAAGAGAACGGGAGCAAGUGCCUGGGCGUCUGCAGGAACCCGCAGAACGUGCCGGGCCCGCUGCUGUACCCGCACCAGAUGCAGGAGGUGGAGGACGCGGUGAGGAUGCAGGUCCAGGCGAUGGCUGACAAGGACCAGCCGAGGACCGACCACGGCGUGCAGGUACUCUGGGAGUUCAGCGUGGAGUCGGGUAACAUGGAGCGCUCCAGGUACUUCGGCUUCAGCAGCGACAUGUACCACUACGAUCACUUCAUCGGCAAGGCGCUGAAAAACUUCGAUCCGCUCGUGAGGAACACCGGGCACGCCAUCGAGAGCGUCGAGAAGAUGGAGGACGGCAGGACCAUGUGCAAGGUGAAGGUCACCGACAACGUGGGCAAGGACACGUAUUGGGUGUUCAUCAUGGUCGUGCGAUCGUUCGGGAAGUACGAGGGGUGCUGGCAGUCGCACAGGAUCAUCCAGACGGACGACAAGUAUCACAGCAAGUUCCUCGACCCCCUUCAGGUUUAG